UUUGCUCAAAUCUGCAAGGUCAGGACAAAGAAAGGAAGUCUGAGAAAAUCUCCUGGCCUCCAGGAGCCUUAGGAACCAUGGGGAUCAUGACACAAGGAUCAUGGCUGAGAUUCUGGGGCAUGGAGAUCCUGGGGGAAACAGAAAACAUGGAAGGAAAAUACAUUGUGUACUUUGGGCUAGGAUUUUGUGGCGACAUUACUGAAGUGAACUUAGGGCCUUGAGGCAGAAGUCCAGCCUCCUUCUUUGAGUUUUUGUGAUAUAUACACCUAUUCUCAACAUAAAAGAGUCAAAAGAUUUUUAAAAAAUUAAGAAAAACCUUUGCCAAAGCAUAUUUCCUUCUAAUUCCUCUUGUAGUUCUGUUCCCUACAAGCAUAGAUCGCCCUUGAAUGAUUUCACAGUUGCCCAAUAAAAAUCCCCAGGUGACAAUCGUGUUUGUUUUGUUUACUUUGCCCUCAUUAGCUUCACAGUAAAUGAAAAAUUGUAAUGAUUGCCUUCACCCAGCUGGGAUGAAAAUCCAGACUCUGCCACACCCUCCCGGGUGGCAGUGGCCCGUGAUCAAUAACCAGACACGCAGGGCUCUGCUAUGGCUCAGGACUACGUGUGGUACCAGGACAUUCCUUUCCCUGCUGCGGAUUUCUACCCUGAAGUCAUAAAAGCAGUCCACAAGGAGCUGGUGCUGAAGGAUGAGGACAUCAUCAUGGUGACCUACCCCAAAUCAGGAACCAACUGGAUGAUUGAGAUCCUGUGUCUCAUUCACAGUAAGGGGGAGCCAGAAUGGAUCCGGUCUGUGCCUAUCUGGAAUCCAACCCUGUGAAUUGAGACUAAUCAUAGAUCUAAAAUAAUACAAGACACGAAGGUGGGGUCCAGCCUCCUCUCUUCCCACCUCACCAU